CCGGAGGAUCUCUCACACUGUGAAUCAUAGCUGUCAUUAGGCUGCUACAAGUUGGAGCUACGGCCGUAACACGAGAGGAGAAACUACAGCAUACCGUGCAGCGUGAUAGUGAGUUUUGUUUGUACCGAUGCAGGGACACCAUUAAGCGCUUAGUGAAUUUGUCUGUGUGCCUCUGGUCUUCUGUCCCGGCUGACCAAUGCUUCUGCAUCAGUUCAUGAACGGAGCCCUGGACGUCAUGCAUCCCACAUCGCUGCAGAAAGACACCACUUUUACCAAGAUCUUCGUCGGCGGGCUGCCCUACCACACGAACGAUGCCUCACUCAGAAAAUACUUCGAGGCCUUUGGAGACAUUGACGAGGCUGUGGUGAUAACAGACAGACAGACGGGUAAAUCCAGAGGAUACGGCUUUGUAACAAUGACAGACCGAGGAGCAGCUGAGAGAGCCUGCAAGGAUCCCAAUCCCAUCAUCGACGGCAGGAAGGCCAACGUCAACCUGGCCUACUUGGGUGCCAAACCCCGUAGCAUACAGACAGGCAUAUCCAUCGGAGUGCAGCCCAUUCACCCAGCACUCAUCCAGAGGCAGUAUGGGUUGGCCCAGCAGUAUGUCUACCCGCAAGCCUAUGUGCAGCCCAGCCUGGUGAUGCCCACUCAGGUUUCCAGCUCUGUCAGCACCAGCCCCUACCUGGACUACAGCGCAGCUUACUCCCAGUACGCCCAGGCCGCCUUUGAGCAGUACCCGUACGCCGCCUCCCCCGCCGGCUUCCUAGGAUACAGCUACGCCACCAGCCCCACAGCCACCACCGGGCCAGCCGCCGCCGCCACAGCCCCGAACACCGUCCACUCCACCCUCCCCUCCGCCGCCGGCCCGGCCCCGACCUUCCUGCACUACGCCCCGCAGCAGCACAUCCAGCCGGACCGCAUGCAGUGAACUGGGAAGAAAAGCAGAGAGGAGAAGAAGAGGGAGAGGGAGAGGGAGAGAGGGGGGGGGAGCUACAGGUGGUCGAGGAGGAGAGAGUAGUGGUUGCAGACCUUUUUUGGACAUAGGAUGGCAAAACACCCUAUGGGGGUGACCUUGCUGUUAUCAGCAGGGGAUUUCAGGAAAAAGGGGUGGGACUUUUGCACUAUUCGAUCAGGAUGAGCCCUUUGCUCAUUGGUUAAAGGGUCAAGUGUGGGAGGGGGUUGGAGGACUGUCAAGGUUCAGGUUGAGAAGCUAAACAGCAUAAAGUAUGUGGUCGCUUCCAGAAGCUGACACUUCAUUUUUUUAUUAUUAUUGUUAUUGUUAUUGUUAUUAUUAUUAUUGUUAUUAUUAUUAUUAUUUGUAUUGUCCUUUAUCAUUAAUGUCCUCGUCAAUGUUUGUUCGUAUGCCAUUAUUAUCAAUGUUAUCAUCAUGUUUUGUUUUUUAUUGGCUCAAUCGGUGGAAGUUUUGUGUCCAUGGUACAUAUUGAUGUUCUGAGAGCUGUCUGGGACAUGCAACACCUCUUUCCUCCCAACUCCAGAGUAUCUGGGUUGGAUAUGAAGGGCACUGCUGCUUUAAGACACUGGGGGACAGUCCGAAACUGGGGGGGGCAAGGUGAAGACUGCAUAUCCUCCCAGCGUAUCUGUAGUCCCAUCCUUGUGCUCCCCACAGUGAGGUAAAGCACUGCCCCAUGAACAAACCUCCAGAAGACAGCAAGAGAUUUCACCUCACUUAAUGGAAAGAAUACAAGACUGUGGGAGCUCCAUUGUUUUGAGACUGGACUGCGAUGUCAGGACUACAUCUUUUUUUUUUUUUUAGUCUUUUAAGAGGCCUUAAUAAAAAAUAAGAAAAACAAUAAAUAAAAAAGAGAGAA